AUGGGCUUCUGGUUCGCCUACUUCCUGGGAGCCUUCACCUUCAUCCCCCUGCUACUCACCUCCGUCCUAAUAUUCGCCUAUCUCUCCUUUCCAAACGUCUUUAGCGAUCCCGAUCCAGGUCCUGUUCGGCUACCUACCGACGAUGAGAAGCUAUUCGUCUCUGGAGAUGGUGCUCUCAAACGCAAAAACAGUCAGGACAAAGACAAAGACGGCCAGCCUAUCGAACCAAAAGAUGUCGCUUCAGGGUACUUCGCCGUUACGAGGGAGUACGUCCCUGGCGGCGUUAACGGGAAACCACCGGAACGACCCGCCCCGAAUGGGAAUAUGGCUACCGAGUCGCCGUCGGUAUACCAGACGAUGUACAGGAGCUUGUUUGAAAGGAAACCCGCUGCAGCCUCGAGUGUUUCUACGAAUGCGAAGGGGAAGAAUGUCUUUUUCGUAGUUUUAAGACACGGUCAUCUAAUGCUCUAUGACGAUACUGAACAAGUCGAAGUCCGUCAUGUAAUAUCUCUCACCCAUCACACAGUUAGCAUCUACGGCGGCGAAGGCGAAGUUAUCCCGGAAGGCGAACUCUAUAUUAAACGAAACGCCAUUCGGCUAUCACGGAAGGAAAACGGUUCAUCGAGAAAUACGUCGACGCCAUCGAAACCAUUCUUUCUAUUCUCGGAAAACUGCUCGGAUAAGGAGGAUUUCUACUUUGCCCUUGUUAAGAAUCAGGAGAGGGAAGAAUCGAAAGAUGGACAGACAUCGCCGUCGAAACCGUUAGGGUUUGAGACCAAGCACAUAAUAUCGUUAGUGCAGAGACUACAUUCCACGGAAGAGGAUUUGCAAACUCGAUGGUUAAACGGGCUUGUUGGGAGAGUGUUUCUGGCAUUAUACCGGACAUCAGAGGUAGAAGAGCACAUUAGAUCGAAAGUUACGAAGAAAAUCGCGAGAGUCAAACGGCCAGCCUUUUUGUCCAAUAUCAUCGUCCAGAAGAUAGACUGCGGAGAAGGCGCACCGUUUAUUACAAACCCGAAAAUGAAAGAACUAACGGCAGACGGAGAGUUCUCAAUUGAAGGAGAUGUCAAAUAUGCUGGUAACUUCAGGAUCGAGAUAUCAACGGUGGUAACUCUUUCUUUCGGGAAUCGCUUUAAACCUCGACAAGUGCCAUUAGUACUCGCGGUGGUCUUUAAGAAACUAGAAGGGCACGCGAUAUUACGACUGAAACCCCCACCAUCGAAUCGGUUCUGGUUUACAUUCAGCGAGAUGCCAAAGAUGGAUAUUGCCGUUGAGCCAAUCGUCAGCAGCCGACAAAUUACGUGGAAUUUGGUUCUUCGACCAAUCGAGAACAGGAUCAAAGAAGUCAUUGCGGAGACCCUAGUCAGCCCCAAUUGGGACGAUUUGCCAUUUAUUCCUACGGAUUCCGAGUCUUUGAGAGGGGGUCUAUGGGAAAGCAUGAAAGCUGGAAGCUGGAAGGAGUCUGCGGAGACUCCUGAUGGUCACGUGAAGGGCUCAGUGGAAGAUGCAGAGAAGCAGGAUAAGUCGCACGAAGAAGGCGGAGGGGAAGGGGUGGUAAAUCCACUAACGGAACAGGAGAAGAGUAUGAGUAUGCCCAUACUUGUGGAACCGGAACCAAAACUACCUCCCCCCGUAGCGAAGCCAAGACGAUCGGUAUCCUUAGUUUCAUCGUCUACACCAAUUAUCGAUGAGGACAAGGCCAUUUCUUCGAGUUUGGAAAAUGUGGCUCAGAUUCCGAUACAGCGAACUAAGGGACGGCGGUCAACUAGUAUUGGGACACCGAUAACCAUAUCCUCUACACCGGUAGUAGCCACGACGACAAUAAACGCUAGCGCCGAACGACAAGAGCCAAAAUAUGAUAACGAUAGGUCGGAUGCGGUGUCCUCGGUUAUGUCAAUCACUCGAUCUAGAAGCUCGAGUGGAAGUGGACCAACCGGGAACGGAGGUUCACCGUUUCACACACCUUACGGCUCGCCUAGUAUUAAUGAUAGUUCUACGCCCGGGCUCAGGCUUUCGCCUUCGUCUUCUGUGACCACGAUUGAUACCGGAUCAAUGACAACGGCGGCGACUACUAUUGCGACUAGUGAUUCUAAAUCUCUCAAAUCUGCGGCGUCCUGGAAAGCAAACGGGCCCACCGAAACGAACAGGUCUACGAACGCGCCUGCGGACAACCUCAAGGCUCGACUGGGGACCUUUAGAAACAAUUUCUCAUUCCCCAAGGCGUUCAAUACCAAUAUUAAUAACAAUAACAAUAAUGCGAACAAUCAAGCGAAUGCUACUACUAGGGAUGGGGAUAAGAAGAACGAGCAGGCUAUAGGACCGACCGAUUUACCUACUCCGCCAACAGGGAUUACACCAACGCCCUCACUAAAUCCGGAAAAGACGGCAUUCGCUACAACGAUGGCAUCCACCGGUUUGGCCAUCAAAAAAUGGUAUAUUAAUUCCCGGAAGAAAGACGAAACCGGCAACAAUAAUGGAAAUAGUAAUAACGUGCCGACUAUCGUUGAAAGUGGUUUCCACCCCGCAUCCGAAAUGACUGGCCGCGAAGCUCUGGGUAUAUCAGAGGGAGAAUUAAAGCCUUAUCCCGUUGAAGCCCCGCCUAAAGCAGAUCUUAGAGACAAGAUCCGUGGGUUUGGGAGUAUGGAUAUUGGGAACGGAAUAUUUGGAGGCGGGAAUAGUGGGAAUAGUAGCAGCAAUAGCGUUCUGGGUGAUGAAGGGGAGAGGAAUAAUGAUCCUGGGAAGGCUAAUGGUGGGAGUGGAAAGUACAAGUAUCCGGUUCCGCCAUGGGAGAUUCCUGCGCCGCCACCGAAGAGACAGCCGAUCACGACGCCGCCAAUCGAUGUGCCUAAGCGAAGGUUGCCGCCUCCUGUUUUGCCACCUAGAGGAGGUCAUCCGAUUAAUGGGUUGCACGGGAGGACUAUGUCGAGCGCUUCUUCACACUCAGUUGCGCUAGCGUUGAAUGGGGGUAAUGCAGGCGGAUUUGCGGGAGAAGGAGAGCAGAUGAUGGUUGUUGCAGCCCCAGUAGGGGACCCAUUAACCCCUGGGACGCCAGUAGGAGAGGAUAUACCGUUUUCAGGUGUAUAUUUGGGUGGGGAGAGCCCGGAAGAGAAGAGGGAAUCCGGGAGCGUGAAGCAGAAGGAGAAGGAGAAGGAGAAGGAGAAAGACAAGCUUGAUUUACCGGAAUAUGAUGGGGGCGGUGAAGGCAGAAGGCAAUCGGCAGAAACUUCGGGGGCUAGCGUUAGGAGUGGAAGCAGCAAAGGGAGCAGAGAUAGUGGCGAUAGCAGUAGAUGGGAGAUGAGGGAACGACCUGGAGGCAGGAGAGCUGGUUCAGACGGGGAUGAGCCACCAAGUUCAAGGAGCUGGACGACAGAAGAGGAGGAAUGGAGGUUGAGAAAUCGAUUGGUUAGUGAAAUUACUGGGGAAGAAGGGUAA